AUGUCGACGCCUUCCACGGCCACGGCCACGCUUCCUCCCCAUCAUCAGUUCUAUCCUCACCACCAAGCAUACCAGCCUGCACUCUCCAAUGGGCAGCUCCCCAACGGCACUGCUCGGAUAGGCAAUACACUCUACAACGGCUACGCUAGCGGCGCCUCGAAUUCGGACCUACGCAGGACUACAGCCGCGCACCGCUCGACGCAGCAACUGCCCCCGAUCGCCCCCGAAAUGUCCGACAGCGCUGCCCGAGAGGCCAAGCGGCGGAACCCAGACUGGAAUGAGUUUUAUAGGAACGGUCUGCCCAAAGAGGUCAUCGUCAUUGACGAUGACGACGACGAGCCGCCUGCACGCGCUCCCCAGCCCGCAGUGCCCGCCCGAACCGCGACAAACGGCUCGACGAGACACACCGACAAGAAGCGGAAGACGACUGCUUCCACGGCAUACGACCCAGUAUAUAGCCAGCACACGUCGUACUCGACCACGCAGACGCCCUACUACGACUCACCCAACGGCCACUCCACACCCGCCGAUCGCACCGCCUCAGCUCACAAGACCACCGCAGGGACCUCCAUCGGCUCCAGCAAUGGCCACCACAUCUCGCCUUUGGACAACAGCGUGGUUGGCCAGAAGAGGAAGCGAACGCGAGCGGCCGUGCAAGAUGAGGCCAAGGAAGCAAAGCGAAGGGAGUUGGACGAUCAAGACCCAUUUGCACUAUACCAACCGCCGCCGAACCCAGUCAUCAAGGCCAAGGAAGUCUACGUGUCCGUCGUUCCGGAUAAAUCUCAUACCAAGGAUCAUAAGGUAGACGACGAAGAUGGACAUUACAUGGUGCACCCUGAGGCCGACCUCACUGAACGAUAUCAAAUCAUCAAGCUGCUCGGCCAAGGAACCUUCGGCAAGGUCGUCGAGGCCUGGGACAGACAGAAGAGGACCAAGUGCGCCAUCAAAGUCAUCCGAUCAGUACCCAAAUACCGAGAGGCCUCUCGCAUCGAGCUGAGGGUGUUGUCCACCCUGAAGUCCAACGAUCAGUACAACAUGAACCGGUGUAUCCACCUCCGGGACUGCUUCGACUUCAGGAACCACAUCUGCAUCGUCACUGAUCUCUACGGUCAAAGUGUCUUCGACUUCUUGAAGUCAAACGCAUUUGUGCCCUUCCCGAGCUCCCACAUCCAGAAGUUCGCCAAACAGCUGUUCACCAGCGUAGCCUUCUUGCACGACCUAAACCUGAUUCACACUGAUCUCAAGCCCGAGAACAUAUUGUUGGUGAAUAACAACUACCAAACCUUCACAUACAACCGGACUGUCCCUUCGUCCUCAACAUUGACGAACCGGCAAGCUCGCCACCGCAAAGUAUUGCUGGACCCAGAGAUCCGGUUAAUCGACUUCGGUUCCGCUACCUUCAACGACGAAUACCACUCGUCUGUUGUGUCGACUCGCCACUACCGUGCGCCAGAGAUUAUCCUUAACCUUGGGUGGAGCUACCCUUGCGACAUUUGGAGUAUCGGUUGCAUAUUAGUGGAGUUCUUCACCGGCGAUGCUCUGUUCCAGACGCACGAUAACCUCGAGCAUCUGGCUAUGAUGGAAGCCGUGUGUGGCGGCAAGAUCGACCGCGACAUCAUCAAGCAGGCGUACAAGCAAGGAGACAGGCGGAACUCCUCGUCGUCUGCUGCCCGCUACUUCAAGAACUACAAGCUCGAUUACCCGAACACGGAGACUCAAAAGGGGUCGAAAAAGUUCGUGAAGGCCAUGAAGAAGCUUCAUGAAACCAUACCGCCCCACACCGAGUUCAACCGGAAGUUUCUUGAUCUGCUGAAGCGGAUAUUCGUCUACGAUCCCAAGAAGCGCAUCUCGGCUAAGGACGCUCUCCAACACCCCUGGUUCCAAGAGACUCUUCUGGAUGACGGCACGGAGGCGCACAAGAUCAGGUUAGAAAGGGAAAAGAAGCUCCGGUUGCGGCAGGAAGAGGAACGUCGUCUCGAUCGAUACCAACAGCGGGAACCGCGAGGCUACUGA